AUGGCCGAGCACGUUGCGGUGGUAAGGAAGAAAGGCGAUAACUUCCAGAUUGUAGGUCAUUCGAGGGGACCCGGACAUAUUUCUACAUUUAACGAAGCCGAUAUCCUCGUAAACGAUGACAGUCUCAUGAGUCGCGAGAUGCUAGAGUCAUGGUUUUCAGGCCCACAGUCCAUUAACAAGCGCAACGAUUUGCGGUUCCCAUAUUGCGUACUGAGACAUUGCCUGAGCCAGAGCAUCAGUCGCGUAGAAAGGGCCGGGCCCAGCAACAACUCUGAGGACAGCGAGCAUAUUUGUCGCGCAGUUAUCAAGCCCGCAUCCGACACGGACAACGAAAUCGCGGCAAUUAACGAGUCGAAAGCAAAGUGUCAAGCUGCUACCGCACUAAUUAAGACCCCAAGCGGUGAAACACUGCUUCUGGAUUUGAAUGUUAUACAAAACAUGCUGAAGUUCUGCGGCAAAGUCUUUCCCACUGUGGGUUAUGCCUACAACAUUGUACCUACGUACACUUCUGGUCACAUUGGAUACGUAAUUGCCAGCAAGAAGCCCGUAAGUAUUUUAACUUAUUCUUUCUGUCGACUUUUGUUUCAUUUUGUUAACCAAAGAGGCCUAGUACGGCUUUGUUUUCGGUAG